GACGCGCAUGCGCAUUAUAAUUCUCCGCCGCUGUGCCCUGCUCUAGUCCGUGAUCUGCUAGACCGGAACCGGAAGCAGCCCACUGGGCUCAUCACCGACAGGAGCGGGGGAGAUUCACGAUUCAGCCGUAAAUGCAUCAUAAACAGGUAGCACAGGAUGAGGAAAGCAAACAGGAGUGCAGGCUCAGCUGCAAAGGUACCUGCUAAUAACAAAUCCUUGGGCACAGAGAAGGCGAAAUCAGAAAGCAUCAGCACGUGCACAGCAUCGAAGACCUCACGGCCAGGAUCAUCCUUGGCAAAGGCUAAAAGCAACGAUGACCUCUUAGCAGGGAUGGCUGGCGGACCACCCACAAGCAACGGUGUGAAGAUAAAGAAAAGCAGCACCACAUCUAACCCUAACUCCGGGGCAGUGAUGAGUGGCCAGGAAGGGAGAGCAAGAAGUAGUGCAGGGAACAGCACCAACACGAAAAGAAGUGGCUCAACGGGAGCUAAAGAGGCUGGAUCAUCACGGGAGAGGGCACGUGAACGUUCUCGUCUAAGUGCCAGUAAGAAGCCACAGGGUUUUGGUUUUGGCACAGGAGAUGUUUCAGCCCCAACCAAGAGAUCCCGAGGUAGAACAGAAUCAGACAUGCUCCGCAUGAGCAAGUCCAAAUCUGACAACCAAAUUAAUGAUCGUGCAGCUCUGGAGGCAAAAGUAAAGGACUUGCUGAGCCUUGCCAGUAGUAAAGAUGCAGAGAUCUUGGUACUCCGUACAGAGCUGAGGGACACCCGGCUACAGUUGGGUCAGGAUAUCCCUGACAAGAAUACAGAGCAGCCUCCUUUAAUGCAAUUGCAGGAGCAAAAUGCUGUUGUACGAGAAGAAUUGCAACAGUUGAAGAGCGAGAAUCGAAUGCUAAAGGAUCGCCUGAACGCAUUGGGCUUUUCACUGGGUCAGCAGCCAGAUGUCACAGAGAAGCUCUAUGGCUACCAGUCCAUGAGCAUUACUGCAGGGAGCCACAGUGAUUGUGGAGGAGGCACUCUGGCGUCCUCUGUGGAAGGUUCAGCACCUGGUUCAAUGGAGGAUCUUUUGAGCCAGGAUGAGAAUACGCUAACUGGAGAAAGGAGGAGCAGUUCUGCUGAUAACUUGGACAGUGAGUGCAGUGAAGUUUACCAGCCACUCACCUCUAGUGAUGAUGCCCUGGAUGCUCCCUCGUCAUCCUCAGAGUCAGAAGGCCUUCCAAGUAAUGAACGAUCCAGAAAGGGAAGCAGCGGUAAUGCUAGCGAGGUGUCCGUUGCUUGUCUGACUGAACGCAUCCAUCAGAUGGAAGAGAACCAACACAGCACAUCGGAGGAGCUUCAGGCCACACUCCAGGAGUUGGCCGACCUGCAACAGAUCACACAAGAGCUAAACAGUGAGAAUGAGCGGUUAGGUGAAGAAAAGGUCAUUCUGAUGGAUUCAUUGUGCCAGCAAAGUGACAAACUAGAGCUAUUCAGCCGCCAGCUAGAGUAUGCACGGGCACUUCUGGAUGAACAUCAUAUUUCCUAUUCCUUGGACGAAGACCUAAAGAGCAGCCGCUACCUGGAUCUCGAGCAGCGUUAUAUGGAAUUAGCAGACAGUGGUCGUUUUGAACGGGAGCAGCUUCUGGGAGUACAGCAGCACCUGAGCAACACUCUAAAAAUGGCAGAACAGGACAACAAGGAUGCCCAGGACGUUAUCCGCGCACUUAAAGAGCGGAACCACCACCUGGAACGCAUUGCUGAGGUUGAGCAACUUGGGAAGCAAACUCUGGCUGUCACACUUGAGGAAUACAAAGCCACACUCAGUGCGGAACAGGCUGAAUGUGGUCGAUUGAAAGCACAGCUAGAGCAGGAGAUACAAAGAGUAGCAGAGCUUUACUCCAUACACAGUUCUGGUGACUCUUCUCACAUUCAGAAUCUUCUGGAAAGUGUGCGAUCUGACAAAGAGAAAGCAGAAAGUCUAGCUGUGACCCUACAGGAGGAGCUGUCACAUGCUCAAAGUGAUGUCAGCCGCAUGCAGGAUGCCUUCGGAAAGAUGGAGGAUGAGUACAGAGCUUUCCGAGAUGAGGCCCAGAAGCAGGUGUCCGAUUUGACCAUGACAUUGGAAAAGGUGAGGUCUGAACUGGAGGAGAAAGAGACUGAACGCAGUGACAUGAAGGAAACCAUAUUUGAGCUGGAGGAUGAAGUUGAGCAACACAGAGCCGUUAAACUACAUGACAACCUCAUAAUAUCAGACCUUGAGAACACAGUUAAGAAACUGCAGGAUCAGAAACACGAUAUGGAACGGGAGAUCAAAAUUCUAAACCGAAAGUUGCGUGAGGAGUCUGCUGAGUGGCGCCAAUUUCAGGCUGAUUUGCAGACUGCUGUGGUGAUCGCUAAUGACAUUAAAUCAGAAGCGCAGGAGGAAAUUGGGGAACUCAAACGGCGGCUACAGGAAGCUCUGGAGAAAAAUGAAAAGCUUACAAAGGAGCUGGAAAAUGCUGCCUCUCGCAAGCAGGAGGAGGAACGUGGCCGGGUCUACAAUUAUAUGAAUGCAGUGGAAAGGGAUUUGGCAGCUCUACGGCAAGGGAUGGGUCUUAGCCGCAGAUCAUCUACCUCAUCUGAGCCCACACCUACUGUCAAGACCCUUAUUAAAUCCUUUGACAAUGCAUCCUCAACCGCCCCAAGUCCAUCUCCAACAGCACCCACAACAGCAGCAACAUCCAUUCCCCGAACCCCUCUAAGCCCUAGCCCAAUGAAGACCCCUCCUGCUGCCGCAGUUUCCCCAAUGCAGAGACAUUCCAUCAGUGGACCAAUAUCAUCUGCCAAAUCCAUACCAGGACUGUCAGAAAAGAGACCAAGCUAUGCUGAGAUCCCAGUGCAGGAGCAUCUCCUGAGGACAUCAUCCAGUGGUAGAGGUGCUGGAUCUUUACCCAGGGUACCAUCUAUGGACAGUUCCAAAUCAAUUUCUGUGUCACGUCGCAGCAGUGAGGAGCUGAAACGGGAUAUCACAGUGCCUGAUGGAGGCUCUGCUUCUCCUCUGAUGGCCAUGACCUCACCUUCACCACAGUUGUCUCUCUCGUCAUCCUCCCCCACUGCUUCUGUUACUCCUACUGCUCGAAGUCGUAUCAGCACGCCACCCAACUCCUUCCUUCAGGGUGACCGACAAAUGUGUGACUUGUUGCACAUUGUACCCUGUAGAGAGGAGAGGAAGGACCCUUUGUCAGCCCUUGCUCGGGAGUAUGGAGGCUCUAAGAGGAAUGCCCUACUGAAGUGGUGUCAAAAGAAGACCGAAGGAUACCCGAACAUUGAUAUCACAAAUUUCAGCAGCAGUUGGAAUGAUGGGUUGGCAUUUUGCGCAUUACUCCACACCUACCUACCAGCGCACAUCCCCUACCAAGAGCUCGGCAACCAGGACAAGAGGAGAAACUUUACAUUGGCUUUUCAAGCAGCUGAAAGUGUGGGGAUAAAAUCUACCUUGGACAUUAAUGAGAUGGUGCGCACAGAGCGUCCAGACUGGCAGUGUCUCAUGACAUAUGUUACCUCCAUCUACAAAUAUUUUGAAACCUGAACUGCAGUUGAUCUAAAACCUACCAUACCAUCUGCUGCAUGGCACACCUUGUGCUUUUAUUUGGACUUGUGGAUAUGCUCAUCAUCAACUGUCAAGAUUCACACAUGUUCCUGAUGAUGUGUUACAGGCAUUUACAAAUUUAAAGUUCUGUUUGUAACUUACAUUAUGCGAUAUGUGUCCGUGCCUCAUUCACAGCACAUGAAACGUGAAGCACAGACCAUUUCAUUUUCUUAUCUAAUGCAGUUCCCUACUGGUGCAAGAACAGUGUAAAACGGUUGGACCGAAGCUGGCUUUGAGUCAUGCUUUCAUUACCCUGACGCUAGUGCCUUAGCAAGGUGUGCGCCUUACAGCUGCUGCUUAUACACCGCUCUCAAACUCCACUAGGAAUGAUUAACUGUUCCCAAGAAGUACAAUGAAUAGAAGUGAUGGCCAUGUAAUAACGUACAUCUUGUGACAAGCUCUUAGCUGCUGCCUUCUGACUCCUGAUUGUCUCUUGCUCUUUGUGCCUAGAACACUAUCUGAAGAUCCAUUUGAAUGUUAAGCUUCACCUGGCUGCUGGCCUGUUAGAAGUGUGAACAGAUCUCUCAAACACCAAGGAAUACACAGAAUACAUUGCACAGUGUCAAAGGCUUCAACUGUGCUACCAUCUAUAAAUGUCCUCAGGUCACUUUCUGUACAAGUAUUGGCCUCUUUCAAUGGUGUAAUUCACACACGUUCACAUAUUGUGUGCUAGCUCUGAAGAGACACUUUCUGGAUGGGUGCUGCUAGAGGAGGGACCAAAUGUUGUGAAGAUUUAUAUUUAUCUCUGCCAUGCUGUGGUGGUAUGAUAGCUUAUUAAAGACAAUGUGUGUUUCAUUCCAAGACAUUCUAAAACCCUACCUGAAUAAUCUCAUUGAGAAUUACAUGCUGAGGCUGUCCACUAUGGGAUUGUCAGCACAAGCCCUUUCUUGCCUGCCUUAUGGUUGAAAGUUAUUGGAAAGCUGAGAAAAAGGGCUCAUCAGACAUUCCUAUCCCAUAUAUGACAAUUGCAAUACAGGGCUGCCAGCCCAAUAUGACUGUACAUCUCUUGUCCAUUGCUCUGCUAAAUGCCAGCACACACUGCUUUAAAAGACUUUCUCGCAAAGUAUGUCUUUCUAAUAGAACAGCACAAAUAUGGUUUUAAUUAGCACCACAGCAAGCAAAGAAUUUAGGGAUUCUGAAAUCUCACAAUGCUUUAAGCUCUUGCACAGGAUCCCCAUAGACAUACAGAAUAUGUACAGCAGGGCUCCUGUUGGUUGCUUGUGAGCCAUAUUGCACUGGGCAAAAAGAGCUGACUUUGUGGGUGCAUUUUCCAUAACCCCAUUGAAUAGAUUCUGCUGCUUAUCAAGCACUCCUUAAGCAAAAGAGCCUCACCUUUCUGCCAAGAAGACUCCUACCUGCUGCUUUACUGUAAUAAAGUGUGACCAUUAUCUGCUUUUCUUCACUGCUGUUACAUAUGAACAAUUAAGACUCAAUUCACCCCUUGUCUCAGAGUGGUUAAAUCUGGGGAAUGAUCAAUUUAGUUUUUUUUGUGCCAGGUUCUGGGGUGUAAGAGAAGGUCAUUUAUAUAUUGGGCAUUCAUUGAUAAGUAACAUUUUCAAUCACUAACAACUUCAAACAAUUCUAUUUUGUAGAAUGUUCUGCUCUAUUUAUUUUGUUCCUAUAUAAUGUUUAUUUUUUAAAUGCAGUUGUGAAACAUGUAAAGUUUGCCAAACUUUUUUUUAUUGAAUCGCUUUAUUCUCUGCAAUAUAAUCUACAUAAUAUAUGUGUGUUACAUUUAAAAGCAGAAAACACUAAUGUCUUCACUUGAAGCAACAUAAUUCAGACUAGUAAAUGUGUUCUAAAAUACUGAUAAAUUGUUUUGAAAGUUGAA